AUGUACUCUAGCGAAACUAUUGAACCACGAAGCGUACGAUCGGUUAUUGGAAGUACAAACGGACGGUCUUCACAAAGGAGAACGGGUAGUGUCAACGCAUCCGCUUCUUCACGUUUAUUCAUGAAUGCGGUAAAGGAUGCAAAUAGAAGUUCGAGGACGACGGGAGAAAAGCUUGAGGAAAACGGCACAGAUAGGACAACUAAACGUUCUUAUAGCCCAGGCAAAGAUCAGUUUAAUGACGAUCCAAAAGUCAAAGCUCGAAAAGUUGAGAUGGAAUCGAGUAUAGAUAAUUAUCGUGUACACGAGACAGAUCACUCUCAUGAUAAAAUAUCUCGUAUAAAGCUUGAACGACAAUCAGGCGAUCAAGGUUCAUAUAACGUUUUGCAAGAAGAACAUGAUCAUAGUAGAUAUGUUAAUGAGCGACGUCCUUCACAACAAAGUACACGGCAGGUUCAGCAACCAAGGAGUGUUUUAGAUCGGUUGGGAAAAAAAGGGGGUUUGAUGACUGCUUAUAUCAAUCCUGCUUUUAUUCAAAAUUCCAAUGCCAAUCCUAUACCUACACAAUCCAAUAGUAAUAUCACAUUAACAUCUAAAAUUUCUCGCUGUCGUCAUUGGCCUAAUUGUGAUCUUGGUGUUCAGUGUAAAUUUCAUCAUCCAACAGAAAUUUGUCCUAUGGUUCCUAAUUGUCCAAAUUCACCACGAACUUGCUUAUACAUUCAUCCUGCGAAUCAAGAUUUUAAUGCAUAUGAACAAGGUGGCUUGUAUAGACAAAAUUCAUUUGGAAAUGGUACAGGUGGGCAAGCAGCCUUUGGAUUUGGUCCAAUCGGACAAGAUCCAAUGAAUCAUUUCGUAGUUGGACAGAGCGCGGGAGGAUUUAGCGGAAUGGGACAGGGUGUAUUCGUACCCAACUCGUUUAGUCAGAAUAACAUUCAACAUUCAUUUGGAACAAAUUUACAUGCUUCUAAUAAUAAAAUUACAUCUGUACAAGGGUCAAAUAUCCAAGGUCAGCGUGAUAUAGAACAAAAAUCUAAAUCUGGUGCUGGAUCUGUAACAGUUAAUGCGAGCACUUCAAUAACUACUACUUCUAGAAAUGUUACUACAGGAACGUCUUCUGCUCAAGACGCGAACAUUGCAUCAUUGCCGCAAAGUUCCCAAGCUCUUGCAGUUGUAUGUAAAUAUGGUGAACAUUGUGCAAAUCCUAAUUGUAUGUAUGCACAUUCUAGUCCUGCAGCUGUUGGGACUGGUACGAUACCAUCACCUAUAUUAGAUGUAUCUUGCAAAUACGGAACUGAAUUGGCUACCCAAGAGCCUUGUAGAUUUUAUCCUAAUUGCCAAAAUCCAGUGUGUCCAUAUUUACAUGUUGAUAAUAGUGGUGAUGUUGUUAAAGUACCAACUCCUUGUCGUAACGGAGCUCAUUGUACACGACCAAAUUGUCAUUUUAUGCAUCCAUGGGAUAUGGAAACAGACAAUACAAAUAUUCCGUGUAAAUUCGGAUAUAAUUGUCGGAGGCCUGAUUGUGCAUAUUCACAUCCAAAUGGCAAAAAGGAUCAUACACCAAAUAUUAUUUCUGAACGUACAUUUGUAUCAGUACCUGAUGAAAUGACAGAGAAGAUUAUUCCAUCUAAGGAUAAUAAUAAUAAUGAAGAGACAUUGCAGGUCGAUAAAGAUAUUGUGGAGAGUGUAACACGAUCGGAGGACUCGAACAAUAAUAAUGAAGUUGAUAAUGAAGCUACUAAAAAUAAGGAAAUGGAAGAAACGUUGUUACGGAUGUUUGAAGGUGCAUAG